AUGACGCCACAGGAACUCUACUCGUCCCCGGCGCGGUGCCGGCGUCUCGCCGCCGCAUCGCCGGCGCUGGGCUCCCCCACCGGAGCGGCCCCUCCGCUCCUCUUCUGGCUGCUGCUGCUGGCGGGCCUGGCCGGGGUCCCACGGGCCCAGAAGGGCACCCAGCCCCACUCCAUCAAGAUCGAGGGGGACAUCACCCUGGGGGGGCUGUUCCCCGUCCACUCCCGGGGCCCUGCGGGGGUGGCGUGCGGGGAGAUCAAGAAGGAGAAGGGCAUCCACCGCAUGGAGGCCAUGCUGUACGCCCUGGACCAGAUCAACAGCGACCCCGACCUGCUGCCCAACAUCACGCUGGGGGCGCGCAUCCUCGACACCUGCGCCCGCGACACCUACGCCCUGGAGCAGUCUCUCACCUUCGUGCAGGCGCUCAUCCAGAAGGACAACUCGGACGUGCGCUGCUCCAACGGCGAGCCGCCCAUCAUCCCCGAGCCGGAGCGGGUGGUCGGUGUGAUCGGAGCAUCUGGCAGCUCCGUGUCUAUUAUGGUGGCCAACGUCCUGCGGCUCUUCGCGAUCCCCCAGAUCAGCUACGCGUCCACCGCCCCGGAGCUCAGCGACAACAGCCGCUACGAGUUCUUCUCAAGGGUAGUCCCCCCGGACUCCUAUCAGGCCCAGGCCAUGGUGGACAUCGUCAAGGCCAUGGGCUGGAACUACGUCUCCACCCUGGCCUCCGAGGGCAACUACGGAGAGAGCGGCGUCGAGGCCUUUGUCCAGAUAUCCAGAGAAACGGGGGGGCUAUGCAUUGCCCAGUCGAUAAAAAUCCCCAGAGAGCCCAAACUUGGGGAAUUUGAUAAACUUAUCAAUAGGCUCAUGGAGACGUCAAACGCACGUGGAGUGAUUAUCUUCGCUAACGAGGACGACAUCAAGCGGGUGUUGGAGGCGUCCAAAAAGGCAAACCUCACGGGUCACUUUGUGUUCGUGGGCUCGGACAGCUGGGGGGCCAAGAGCUCCCCGAUCCAGGACCUGGAGGACGUGGCGGAGGGGGCGGUCACCAUCCUGCCCAAGAGAGCCUCCAUCGAUGGCUUCGACCAGUACUUCAUCUCAAGAUCUCUGGAGAACAACAGAAGAAACAUCUGGUUUGCAGAGUUCUGGGAGGAUGACUUCAAAUGCAAACUGACCCGGCCUGGAGUCAAGUACGACUCUAGUCGGAGGAAAUGUACAGGUGAGGAGAGGAUCAGCAGGGAGUCCUCUUACGAGCAGGAAGGCAAGGUGCAGUUUGUGAUCGACGCGGUGUACGCCAUGGCCCACGCCAUACACAGCAUGCACAUCGAUCUGUGUCCUGGCUACAUGGGCAUCUGCGACAAGAUGGACCCCGUGGAGGGACGCAUGCUCCUCCAGUACAUCCGCUCGGUCAAUUUCAACGGCAGUGCUGGCACCGGGGUGAUGUUCAAUGAGAACGGAGACGCCCCGGGACGCUACGACAUCUUCCAGUACCAGAUCUCCAACGUGACCAACCCGGGCUACCGGGUCAUCGGCCAAUGGACCAACCACCUACGACUCAAUGAGGACGAGAUGCAGUGGAACGGCGGAGACGUGCGGAUCCCCGACUCGGUGUGCAGCUUCCCGUGCGAGCCUGGCGAGAGGAAGAAGAUGGUGAAGGGCGUGCCGUGCUGUUGGCACUGCGAGCUGUGCGACGGCUACCAGUACCAGCUGGACGAGUUCAACUGCGACACCUGCCCCAUGGACAUGAGGCCCCUGGUCAACCGCACGGGCUGCCGGCCCACGCCCAUCAUCAAGCUGGAGUGGAGCUCGCCGUGGGCCAUCAUCCCCGUCUUCCUCGCCAUCCUGGGCAUCCUGGCCACGUCCGGGUGCAUCUGCACCUUCAUCCGCUUCAACGACACGCCCAUCGUGCGCGCGUCCGGCCGCGAGCUCAGCUACGUCCUGCUCACCGGCAUCUUCCUCAUCUACCUCAUCACCUUCCUGAUGAUCGCCGAGCCCAGCUCUGGGGUGUGCGCCUCUCGCAGGAUGCUGCUGGGCCUCGGCAUGUGCAUCAGCUACUCGGCCAUGCUCACCAAGACCAACCGCAUCUACCGGAUCUUUGAGCAGGGCAAGGUCGCCGUCUCCCCGCCCAAGUUCAUCAGCCCCGGGUCCCAGCUCGUCAUCACCUUCAUCCUCAUCUCCGUGCAGGUCCUGGCCGUGUUCAUCUGGUUUGGCGUGGACCCCCCCCACACCAUCAUCGACUACGAGGAGCAGAAGCCCCCCAACCCAGAGUUCGCCCGUGGGGUGCUCAAGUGUGACAUGUCGGACCUGUCCCUCAUCCUGUGCCUCAGCUGGAGUAUCGUGCUGAUGAUCACGUGCACGGUGUACGCCAUCAAGAGCCGCGGGGUGCCCGAGACUUUCAACGAGGCCAAGCCCAUCGGCUUCACCAUGUACACCACCUGCAUUGUCUGGCUGGCCUUCGUGCCCAUCUUCUUCGGAACAGCGCAGUCGACUGAAAAGAUGUUCAUCCAGACCACCACGCUGACGGUAUCCAUGAGCCUCAGCGCCACCGUGUCGCUGGGCAUGCUCUACAUCCCCAAGGUCUACGUCAUCAUCUUCCACCCGGAGCAGAACGUGCAGAAGCGCAAACGCAGCCUGAAGGCCGUGGUGCAGGCGGUCACCGUGUCCAGCAUCAAGGAGAAGGAGAAAACCAACGGCGCCAAGAUGGUGCCCGACCGGUCGCAGUGA